AUGUCUGUCUGGAACCCUGAUAACAUCCGCGAUGUCGCGGAGUCUGUCGGCAUCCUCAAUCUCAACCACGAUGUCACCGAAAACCUAGCCCGAGACGUUGAAUACCGAGUUGCGCAGGUACUCGAGGAAGCGCUCAAGUCCAUGCGUCACGGAAAGCGCACAGUUCUUACCACCCAGGAUAUCGCGCUGGCCUUGCGAAACCUGGACGUCGAGCCUCUCUAUGGUUACGAUUCAACCCGUCCAUUGAAGUUCGGCGAGGCCUCUCUUGGACCUGGUCAACCGCUCUUCUACGUUGAAGACGAGGAGGUUGAUUUCGAGAAGUUGAUCAAUGCGCCUCUGCCAAAGGUUCCUCGUGAAGUCUCCUUCACUGCCCAUUGGUUGGCAGUAGAAGGCGUGCAGCCGUCGAUUCCCCAAAACCCCACCGCCGCCGACUCUCGCAAUCUUGAACUCGUAUCCAAGGGCCCUAAUGCCAACUCGACACUGGCCGCUAUGAGUGGCUCGGGUGAUGUUGCUGUGAAGCCGCUGGUUAAGCACGUGCUUUCCCGUGAACUCCAGCUUUACUUCGAGAAGGUCUGCAGCGCAUUCCUGGAUGAGACCAGCGAAGAAUAUCGCACCUCCGGGUAUUCCAGUCUCCGGGAGGAUCCAGGCCUGCACCAGCUUGUGCCAUACUUUGUGCAAUUCAUCGCGGAGAAGGUCACCCACAGUCUCAAGAAUGUCUUUGUCCUCACCCAAGUCAUGCACAUGGCCGAGGCUUUGGUCCAGAACCAGUCUCUCUACGUCGAUCCAUACAUUGCAUCCCUUGUCCCCUCCAUCCUUACCUGUCUCAUCGGUCGACACCUCGGUGGAAAUAACGAUCUCAUGGAACAAUUUGCCCUGCGUGAUAUGGCUGCUUCUCUCCUCAGCCUUAUCGCCCAAAAAUACUCCCACUCAUCCCACAUGCUCAAGCCCCGACUUGUGCGAUCCUGUCUCAAGACUUUCCUUGAUCCGUCCAAGCCAUUCGGUGCCCAUUAUGGUGCCGUGAUUGGACUGCAAUCUGUCGGAGGCCCUGAUGUGAUCCGAGUCCUAGUCGUCCCCAACCUGAACGAUUACUCCAAGCUGCUUAGCGACGGCUUAGAUGAUGCCGCUCGUCGACCUGCCGCCGAGCGAGUACUGACUGCACUUCUGUCUGUUCUGGCAUCGCUUCGUGGUAAACAGGCCUUGACCAAUGGCCACACAGUAACAGAUGAUGUGCGCUCAAGACUGGCCGACAAGAUUGGCGAUCUCUUUGCAGCAAAAAUUGUGGAAGCUGGUGAGGUGCAACUGGCUCAUAUCAUUCUGGAGGCUUAA